AUGUUUCCGAAAGUUAACGAGCGCGAAGUCACGGGAUUUUGCAUCGUUCUAGGCUGUUGUCACACGUAGAUUUGUUAAUGCUUUGCUUGUAGGUAGACUUUUAAGCUACAUGUUCAUUUGGUUUGUCAACAAGGAGGAUUUCGAAGUGCUGAAAUGAUUUGGCACCGUUACUAAUCAUUUCCGUUUGGUAAACUUUGAACUUCCAUCCCUGUCCGCCAUUUUGUUUAGGCGAAUCUUCCAGAAGGACGUGCGGGUGUUUACAAGCGCUUUGGCAAAUAUAUCGCCAUUUUACAAUCACGCUAGCUGAGGAAUGGACGUAUUCCGCUAUCAAACACUCCUUUUGCAGUUCUGUGUACAUCAUGAAUGGCGGUAAAGUGUUAUGAACAAGAGUGGGGGGGCCAAGGAGCCAAUGAUGAACGAAUCUGUAGAAAACGGGGAGGAUGGAGGUGAAAUGCUGGUUGAUGCGGGGGAUAAUCAUGACCAUGGAAGUAAUUCCAAAAAAUACAAGCCCUCGCGAAACUUGAGUGAGAAGAAAAGGCGUGACAAGCUUAAUAUUUACAUAAGUGAAUUGGCAGCCAUGGUUCCAUCUUGUGCAAGUUCACAGCGCAAGCUUGAUAAAACCACUGUACUGAAAUUGACAGUUGCCUACAUGAAAGUUCACAACGAUUUAACAAUGUCUGUCCUUGGAAAUGAAUCUGGCUUAAUGUCCUCAUUUCUUUCCAGUGAAGAAAUUGGUGAACUGUUAGACAAGGCUCUGAAUGGCUUUUUACUGGUGUUAUCUACCAGUGGAGACUUUGUUUAUGUGUCUAAAAGCAUUGAAGAUCUCAGUGGUCUAAAAAAGGAAGAACUGAUUGGCAAGAGUAUAUUUGAAAUUGUUCAUCCAGAUGACAAAGAAACUAUGAUCAGAGAGAUUCUUCGUCAAGACAGAGGACAUUCUACAGGAUUCAACUCUCAUUCUGAACAGCUGGAACCAGCAGGAAAUGACACUUCAUUCCAGAGUAAAGUGGAAAGCAAGCCAUCUCGACGAACUUUUAACUUCCGCAUGUUAGUGAGAGGAAAAGAUGGUGAGCCAGCUGGCAAUGAGGAUGUUUUCUGUGUUGGCUACAUUGACCAGUGGAUGAGGAAAGAAGCUGAGCAUCACAAGCAAAGGAUACUGGCAACCAAUGAGAACUCAUUAUCUACAGCCCUCACUCCAAUUGGUAGCUCAGUCAACCCAUUCUUUCUGGUGGGUGUUGGUAUUAUGGCCAGUCCCAGUUUCAUGCGUGUAGUAGAGUGUGAAUGUGAUGACAGCGAGUUUACAUCUCGGCACAGUCUGGAUGGAAAGUUCCUUUUUGUCGAUCCGCGAUCAAUCUCCAUCACGGGUUAUAUGCCAUUCGAAGUCCUCGGCACGUCAGUGUAUGACUACAUUCACGAAGAUGAUUUGACAGUUUACGCUAAAGCACACGAAGCACUCAUGGAAUACGGUGAAGGAAAGACUGGCUUUUACCGCAUUUUGAGCAAAGGUUACCAAUGGAUAUGGGCGGCAACAAGGAGUUAUAUUUCCUUCAAUCAUUGGAAUUCCAAACCUGAAAUAUACUGCAGUAAUACGACAGUAAUUAGCGCCGCAGAGGGUGAAAAGUCACUAAGGGUCAGAGAAAAAGAGUUGGAAAUUCUAAAAGCGAGUCAGGAAAGUCACCAGUCGCGAUUCUCUCAGUAUAAAGCGCCUUUGAAGUGUAACAGCCCUCAUGAAGCCAAUGCAUUGGUUCUGGCCAAGUGGGCAGCUGAUGAGUUGAACUUACCGUCCCUGCCGUCAGAACAAACUGAUGACGGGGAUAACCCCGGCGGGGAUCAGAAUGCAAGGGGAACGAACAAGAAUGAUGGAACCCAGUCUGGUGGCGUGGAGGACAGGAGGUUUGGGGCUGAAUCACAAGCUAGUGAUAGCGAAACCGACACGAGGGAUGGGGGAGAUUUGGACCAAGACUCGUUUGAUCUUCCUUCAACUGUUGAAGAACUUGAGAGCUUCCGAGAGGCUCAGCGCCUUCUUCAAAAUCAACUUUUGGAGAAGCACUCCUUGUUAUUGAAAGCUGUGGCUCGACAGAAACAACAGCUACAAGAAAUCCAGCAGCACAUGAUUCUUAACCUUCAGUCGCAGCUGUUUGUAGAUCCAGUCAAACUGCAAGAAACGUGUUCCGGUUACUUUGAAAGGAACAAGGACUUGUCCGAAAGGCACGAAGUGCAGGAGCAAGCGCUUGAAUCUAUCAGUCGGAAGCUUGAAUCGCAGAUGCAGACAGCUGAACGCAGAUAUCAGCGCCAUUUUAAAGUGUUAAUGGAGAAGAAAGCCGAGGAGCAACAGAUGGCGGCCGAGCAAAGCAUUCCUCAAAGUUCAGAAACUUUUAUAGACACCGCUGUUUCGUUAGGGGGGCAACAGCAGGCCCAGCUUGAGAAUGAAGACAUUGUUGUUGAGGAGAUGGACCCGUUGAACUCAAGACAACGACGUGAGUUGCAACGGGAGCAAACUUCAUCUCCGCUUCAGUUGUUGCCAAUGGACAAUCAGAUCGAUCUACAACAGCAAGCUCACAUUGAAGAUGUGCAAAGCAACGCAGCCAUGUUAAAGCGCAGAAUGACCAGCCCCUUGAAUCAGAGGGAUCAAAAGGUCAUGCGCGUAGACUCAAACUCGAAACAAAUGUGGCUGCAAUCGUUACCAUCAAGCGCGCGACCCGAGCUGCAACAGCCACAAGCUAUUGUCGCAGCGUCAAGACCUUGGCAGCCCAGCACUGCUGGUCAAGCAGUGACAAAUCAAGGGUUUGUCCAGUCAAUACCUGGCGUUAGUAACCGUGGAUCAGUUACUGUUACGACCAACGUUACUUCUGCUCCUUUGCCAGUGCCACGACAGGUCGGUAUACAACCGAACCAGUCCCCGCACGGCCAACAGAGUGUCCAGUCCCAGCCAUCUAGUCACACGCCUGGUGCUCCUGUGUCGGCCCAGGCCGUUUUGCAGCAUUUCUCUACAUCGUCACAAUUAAACACUCCAUCGCAUAUGAAUGGAGGGAUUGUGGCCAUGUUAGGACAAAGCGUAGGAGCUUUCCAAGGGUCAAGCGGCGAAACCGGUGUAGGAUUUCCUGCGCCGCAAAUUGCAACGGCUUCGGCUAAUGCCCUUCAACAACAGCAGUCGCAACAAAACUCUCAAAUGGACGCAUCUAUUGUUCAAACUGUGGAGCAAUUAUUGACGAACUCUACUCAAAACCAGCAGAUAAUGCAGGUGUUAUUGACUGUGCUCUCGGCACUUCAGGGUCAGCCGCAAGUUGCGGCGUCACUGAUAACAUUGCUGAAGCAGAUCCAAGAUGGUCAGCAACAAGGACAGGGUGAAGUUCCCUCUGCUGUUCAGCCAGCUGCCCCUCAGUUCCCUGUUGGCUUGGGAACUCAGGGACAAACUACCUCACAGCUUUGCACAACUGCACCACCACCACCUCUGUACUCUUACAAUAAUGAGGUAACUUAUCAACAGCAGCAGCCUACACCACCCUCGAUGCUGCCCAAUCAGCGAAGGAUUCCUCAGCAGCCGCCAAGAUCGCGACCGACCGUUCCGCUGCAACAUCCUCGGCAGGACGCGACAGGUUUAGGUAUGACCCGUGUGAGCUCCACAACCACAAGUUACAGCAUCGCUCUACAACAACAGCAACAACAACAACAACAACAACAACAACAACAACAACUACAACAACAGCGUCAACAACAACAACAGCAUCAACAACAGCAGCAGCAGCAGCAGCAGCAACGGCAAAUCGGUAGGAAUUCGUCUAUGAACAACUUAGGACCGUCUCAAAUUUCUUCGUCAGCGAACACGUCCUCGAUGAAUUUUAUGCCCUAUGAGAACAUGGCCUCCACUUCAACUGGUGUGACGUCCGUGACAGCGAUCCGUGAUUUUGACUUGUUGGAGAAAAAGAAAACUUCAAAGUCAAAAGGAGAUUAUUUCUCGAACUUUUCGUCGGAUGAAUUGCGCGCCAUGUUGAUGGAUGCUCCCGGAGCAAUGUCCAACAAUGAAAGCGCAACAAACAUGGCUGUUGAUAAGCAGGAAAAGAAACUGGAGGACGAGGAACUACUAUAUAAUCCACUGCUUACGCAGCAACAGCAGCUUUUACAGUUACACCAGGAACAAAGGCGUCAACUUCUUCUCCAGCAGCAAGAGCAACGAUUACUGAUGUUCGAGGAGCAGAAACGGAGAGAGGAAGCCGGCCAACAGCAAGGAGCAACUUCGCCUACCACAUCUAACUUCAGUUCGAGUGGGCUCCGCGCUAUGCUGUCAGAUGAUCCGCAGGAGGGAAGUUCACGACAAAUAGCAGGUGACCAGAACGUUCAGGAUGGUGGACCAUCAUUUUCAGGUUGGUCUGAAACAAAUUACAGUUUAGGCGAAGCUGAUGAACAAGUUCUGGGCUUAUUACUGGCCGAGUCAGCUUUCGAUCCACUGUUAGACAAUAUAGACUGGGGAGACGACUCUUACACUGGGGAAAUUAACUUAAAUCCUGAUUAGAACUGGCUUUAAGUUUAUCAAGGAUGACUGGAAAGUGAACGCUGUGAAUUAUGGGCCGUGUCAGCGAGCGAAGCAGAGGAGGAGACUGAAGGAGACUCCAUACACUAUGAAUCACCGAGUAAAAAGUUUUAGUUUUAUCUUAGAGACGUUUUAAAUAUAAUACGCAGAUUUUACUUAAACAAGUAAAGAUAGGAUUACUGUUCAGAACAACUCAGAAAUUGAAUUGAGUGUUUAAUUUAGUCGAGUCCUUUAUAGUUGGUCACACGUGUCUUUAAAUUUGUGUAUCGUAGUAUUGGAGGUCAGUGUGUUUGUUUGCCUAAAUUUUCCUUCAUUUUGGUCUUCUUGGCCCACUUUAACGUGUGAAGUUUGGAGCUGCCAUGCUUCAUUACUUCUCUGUUCCAAAUUCGUGAAUUAGGUAUCUCUUGUGUUUACCUGAUGAAUUUAUUUCACUGUUGCCCUAAAUUGAGUGUUCAUAUGAGGGUAUUGUUGGAAAGGAAUGAAUUUUACGAUUAUGAUUUCUUCAACUGGAGCGAGAGACAUGAACCGAAAGAGAAAGUUUUUGAUCAAAGAAACGGUUUGUCUCGGCCAAAAAAAAUUCUCUACCGCGGUAAUAACACUCCUCAAGGUUGUUAUUACUUCGGAUAUUACAGGAGUUUUUUUCCAGGACUACCUUCAUUUAGGCGAUCGCAUUUUACAAAAAGAUUGCAACCGUUUACCAUGUAUUGAACCACGUAAGCUUAGAUUAAGGGACGCCGGAGUAGAUAUAUUUAGCUCUGGAUUCUUACGCAACAUUAGUUAAGCCAAUGUGUCUUUUAAACAGUAGCCAUUUUUCUCUGUACAAGAAAAUUCGAAUUUGUAAACGGCCAAUUACGGACUUCAUACCGGGAUCCAGAUAUCAAAUAUCGUUUAUCCCCUAUACUCUUUCCCUCAUUGGCUGAUAUUUAUCACGUCAUUUGUUGUACUCAGAGGGCAUUUGUUCACUAAUUUCGAGGUCAGUUAACCUGUCAUUCUUUUCGCUGCACGUGAUUAAUUUUUACCAGUGAGGAACAAGAAAUACUAUGGAGGUUUGAAACUUCUUCAGCCUGAGAUUUUGCCCAUCAAAUACUCAACUGACACUGUCAUUCUGCUUUCGAGACAGUCUCCUAUACAGAUGAACAUACUUACACUUCAAUUGCUUCCUACGGGAGCUCCUCUCUCUCAUUUAAUCUGAUUAACAGAAUUUCCCCCUCGCACUUCUCGUGCAUCCUCGAUACUAAAAGAGAAAUUAUAAAAUGUAAUGCUUUACUUUUUUUUAAACGACAAGCGAGGUAACGAGUGGAUUAACAAACUGUACUCCCCAAGUAAAUUAUUUGAAUUGGUACCUUGAUACUGGCUUCUUUAAUUUUUAAAAAUAAAGACUCUUUAAAGAGA